AUGGAAAAGAAUGAGACGAUUGCCGACCUCUGCGAGGUGUUCUACGUCGGCGGGAAAUAUAUCAAGGAUGAUCGCGGAACUCAUAUGACGGGACAAGUUUGCGUGCGACGCUUUGGCAAGAAAGUCGAUAAUCGACCGGCAAUCAUCUACAUCCACGGAGCGGCGCAGACUGGCACCCACUGGGAAUCCACGCCGGAUGGUCGACCUGGGAUCGCCUUGCUCCAGGCUCAGGAAGGCUGGGAAUGCUUUGUCGUCGACCAGGUUGGCAUAGGGAGGUCGCGAUAUCACGCCCAUGAUUUGGGAGAUCUCAGCCACUACACAGCAGAGGAGCUGCAAGAGUGUUUCACCUCGCCUCCGCAUGAUUCAUACCCUCAGGCAAAACUGCUUACUCAAUGGCCAGGCACCGGCAAGAUGGGGGAUGCCUUCUUCGACGCCUUCUAUGCCAGUCAAGUCGGACAUUUUGCAAAGUAUCGAGACGUGGAGCGGUCCUUCCGCCCUCUGGCUAAGGACCUCUUCUCUCGUACCGGCCCGGCCUUUUUAGUGACACAUUCGCAAUCAGGUCCUAUAGGUUGGCAUAUCGCUGACGAGUGUCCCAGCAUGGUCAAAGGUAUUGUGGCUUUGGAGCCGAAUGGGCCGCCCUUUAUCUAUCCAGGUCUCCCCAAGUUCUACGCCAGGACGCAGGCUGUCCAAGCGGGGACAUUCGUGCGCCCAUUCGGUCUGACUGCGACUCCACUAACCUAUGACCCUCCCCUGCCGGCCGGCACGAAAAGACUGGAGUUCACACGAGCCCCCAGCGAGCUCUUGAAAAACGAUCGGGUACCAGGGGCCCGGCUGAAGGCGCCGGCGCUGAAACUGGUCAAUCUAUCUUCUAUACCCAUUGUUGUGGUGACGGCUGAGGCAUCCUAUCACGCGGCGUACGACCACCUCACGGUCCAGUUCUUCCACGAUGUCGGCGUGCCUGUCGAGCAUGUAUAUCUGGCGGAUCGAGGUAUCCGCGGCAACGGCCAUCUCUUGGCCAUUGAGAAGAAUAACCAGGAAGUCCAGCGGUUCAUCAGCCAGUGGCUGGCUGAGACAUGGGCCAAGAAUGCUAUGAAAUAG